AUGGCUAGCCUGAAAAACCUUCUCCUCCUCCUACCCCUAGCUAUAGUACUUAAUAUUACAACCCAACAAGCUCAAUCCGCUGAAUUAGACAAUAUUUUUAAUGUUGCUGGAAUCCAAGUCAAUGGCUCCAUUUCAUGCAGCUCAACUGGAAACCUUUUGGCUGCCACCGUUACCCGGAUAUCUGCCAGAGCCGCAUUAAAUGUUACAUUGAGAUGCCUACGUGAGAGUUCUAUUGAUUUUCUGUCCCUGCUACCUACAAAUGAUUCCUCCGGUAAAUUUUCCGUCACUUUGAUGAUAAAUGACGCUUACAAUCUCGAGAACCUCGUUCUUUCACAAACCCUACCUAUCACCACCACCGUUAGAGUCGUGGUCAGCUGA